CUCUUCACACGUUAUUUGGCUGUAACACUUGAACCGCUUUCUGGAUGAUGCUCAAGGCUCCCAAUUACGACAAUGUCUGUUAGGCUUCACUGGAUUACUGAUUGGUAACAGCAUCGCCUCAUUCAAUCAUGGAGUCGCGGUGACCGCUUGAAGUACUGCCUUCAGUUUCAGUACGCAGGUAUCCGCCACAACUAUGUACGGUUGUCCAGUUUCCGCAUCGCCUAUGUUUGACAGUUGAUGCCGAGCUAGCCGGCUGCCUCUUGCAACCUAAUGCCCAUUGUCACGACUCUCCUGGAUGACCAGUCCCCUCUCAUCCAAUAUAACGGAAUUUGGGGGUAUGGAGGAUCUGCAGGCGACGUAUACGGAAGCUACUAUUACCUCGGCACAUACACCGUGAGCAACAGGCCUAACAACCAGUCAGCGACGUUCACCUUCAAAGGCACGGGCUUCACGAUAUAUGGUAGCAAUCGAGGCGACCAUGGAUUGUUUCAAGUCAGCGUAGAUGGGGAAACUUAUCAAAAUAACUCGGAAAAUGCAGCUGCCGUGACGUUGCAGCAGGUACUACUCACUCAAACAAAUCUAACUCAAGGCGAGUUGCACAAUGUCACGAUCACAAACUUGGCGCCUCUCGACAGCCCUUAUCUAGACGUUGAUUUCGUAACAUGGGAAACCCCAGUGGGAGAGGAUGAUCAAGGAAUCGCCUCGAUCCUUGUCCAGGAUACAGACCCUAGCUUCGAUUAUCAGCCAGCUGAUGCAUGGAGUACAAAUCCGUCGAACAUUACCCAGUAUAAGGAUGGGACGGGCCAUAUUACCUCUACAGACGGCGCAUAUGUGGCAUUUACUCUCACUGGCGAUGUCGUCAACCUCUAUGGUUCUACCGGCCCCGAAUGCGGCAACUACUCUAUUUCAUUGGACGAGGGCCCGGCGUCGCAAUACAAUGCUUCCAGAGCGUUUUCAGCUUAUCAAAACGUCAUUUACCAUGCCAAUAACCUAGGUCCUGGUACGCACAAAAUCAAUGUAACAAAUAAUGUCGCUGUCGGU